AUGCCAGCUAUUGGAAUUGAUCUAGGAACGACUUACUCGUGUGUUGGAGUGUGGCAACAUGGCAACGUGGAGAUCAUCGCGAACGACCAAGGCAACAGGACUACACCAUCCUACGUAGCGUUCACCGACACGGAGCGACUCAUCGGCGAUGCGGCGAAGAACCAGGUGGCCCUCAACCCCAGCAACACAGUGUUCGACGCCAAAAGGUUAAUCGGGCGCAAAUUCGACGACCCAAAGAUCCAACAAGACAUGAACAUUGGCCAUUCAAAGUGGUCAACGACUGUGGGAAGCCCAAAAUUCAAGUAG